AUGCCGGAGGCACCUGCACGGGCAGCCGGCGGCGGCGGCGGCGCCUCCGCCCCCGCCGACGUGGACGUCGUCACCUCCAGCGGCCGCCGCAAGAUCGCCGCCCAUUCCUCCGUUCUUGCGUCGGCGUCGCCGGUGCUGGAGACGACCCUGGAGCGCCGGCUGCAGAGGCUGAGGGAGAGCGGCAAGGGCGGCAGGGCCGUCGUCCGGGUCCGCGGCGUCACCGACCACGUCGCGGCGGCGUUCGUCCGCCUCCUCUACGCCGGCAGCAGGCGUGGCGAGGGCGAAGUGGACGAGGACGUGGAGAGGUACGCGGAGCAGCUGCUGGUGCUGGCGCACGCGUACCGGGUGCCGUGGCUCAAGCGGUGGUGCCAGGAGGCCAUCGGGUCGCGGCUCACGCCGGGCACCGUCGUGGACGCGCUGCAGCUGGCCGACCUCUGCGACGCGCCGCAGCUGCACCUCCGCUGCAUGCGCCUGCUCGCCAAGGAGUUCCGCGCCGUCGAGCGCACCGAGGCAUGGCGCUUCCUCCGCGACAACGACCCCUGGCAGGAGCUCGACGUCCUCCGCCAGCUCCACGACGCCGACAUGCGGCGGCGAAAGUGGCGUCGGAAGCGCGCGGAGCAGAAAGUGUACAUGGAGCUGAGCGACGCCAUGGACAUCCUGCGGCACAUCUGCACGGACGGCUGCACGGAGGUCGGACCCGUGGGGCAGGCGCCGGCCAACUCGCCGUGCCCGGCGUACGCGACGUGCCGGGGCCUGCAGCUGCUCAUCCGCCACUUCUCCCGGUGCCAAAGCCGGGCCACCUGCCCCCGGUGCCAGCGCAUGUGGCAGCUGCUCCGCCUCCACGCCGCGCUCUGCCGCGUCCCCGACGGCCACUGCAACACCCCUCUCUGCACGCAGUUCAAGCUCAAGGAGCAGCAGAAGGAGGCGGUGUCGGCUUCGGCGGCCGCGAAGGCCGGCGACGGCAGCGACGGCAGGUGGGGGCUUCUUGUGAAGAAGGUGAAGGCUGUCAGCGUCAUGUCUUCUCUCGGCAAGAGAAGCCCUCCCUCUCAAUCUCAGUGCUGCUGA